CUGUGGGAGAGUUCCGUCCUUUCAGUCCUUCACAGAGCCCUCAUCCACCGGCCCUACGUGCCCGGGGAACCCCCGAGGAGAGGCAGACAUGGCACAGACCAUCGAACACUUGGUCCAUCAGCUGAAUUCCGGACGAUGCGUGGGGAUCGAGGUCACCAACCGCACGGAUAAGGAGCUUCACUCUGCCAGAACCUACUGCUUCAGCGGCCACACUCACCUCCCACCCGGCCCCGUCGUCCGGCCGGGGACCAAGGAGAACUGCGUCUUCGUGAAAACCUCCGGCACCGCCCGGGGGAGCGUGGGGCUGCUCGUCUACAAGAUCGGGGGAGACCUCAACCUGGCCAUCCUGUUCUCCAACCCCUACGACUACAACCUCUACUAUGUGGAGUUUGCCGUGGCCAUCUUCGAGCAGGAUUUGGAGGCCUUGCAGCUGGACGUCUUGUACGAUCACAUCUACAAUGAGAGGAAGGUGGGCUCGAUCAAGUUCAUCAAGAGGAAGCUGGGCUAUGUCCAGGAGCCCUUGGUCCUGAAGGAGAAAGGGUUCCAGGUCUCGGCCACCAUGUCCAAUGAUGCCAAGUCCGUGAUCAAGGUGCACGUGGAUCCCUUGAAAUAGAAGGUCCGUGUCUGAAAGGGGGCAGGCCAUCCCAAGGCUCACCGAUCUCCCUAGGCUGUGACAGGACGGUGACCCUCUCUUUGGUCUACCCUCGAUUCUUCCCACUGCUCUCGUUUCCGCCUCCUCUUCAGAAUAGAAGCAGCAUGGCCUAGUGGCAAGAGCACGGGCUUGGGAUUCAGAGGACGUGGGUUCUAAUCCCGGCUCUGCCGCUUCUGUGCUGUGUCACCUUGGGCAAGUCGCUUCCCUUCUCUGAGCCUCAGUUACCUCAACCGUAAAAUGGCGAUGAAGACAGAGAGCAUCGUGUGGGACGGGGACUGUGUCCAACCUGAUUACCUGGCAUCUACCCCAUUAUUAUUAUUAGAUGAUCUGGUUAGGUGUGAACAUUGCUUCCCUAAUAAAUCGACUUAUUAAACGAG